AUGGCCCUGUCGCCCCCCCCCCUCUUCCGCGGCCCAUUCGCCGCCCUUUCAGCGGCCCGUCGUCGCCCUUUCAGCGGCCCCGUCGCCGCCCUUUCAGCGGCCCCGUCGACGCCCGCCCUUUCAGCGGCCCCGUCGCCGCCCUUCCGCGGCCCCGUCGCGCCCCCCCCUUUCGCGGCCCUGUCGCCGCCCUUUCAGCGGCCCGUCGCCGCCCUUUCAGCGGCCCGUCGCCGCCCUUUCAGCGGCCCUGUCGCCGCCCUUCCACGGCCCCGUUGCCGCUCAGCCGCCGAGCAGCCCAGCCACCGAGCAGCCGAGCCAUCUUGCAGCCGAGCCGCCCGAGUGCCGAGCCGUCCAGCAGCCGAGCCACCGAGCCGCACCGCAGCCAAGCACUGCUGCCUGUCGGCCUGCCCGGGACCUCCCCACUUGUCUGUUGACUUUGAGGUCUGGGUAGAUGAUCUGGAGCUUUUCCUACAGUGCGAUAGGGCAGACAGUCUCUCGUUUGACCUCACUUCUGGUGCCUCUCCUGCCCGUGCUGCUGAUGCUGACGCCACUAUUCGCUCACAGUGGGCAACGCGUGAUGCUGCUGCUCGCCUUGCUGUGCGCCGCCACUUACCGACCACUAAGCGUGCACACUUUAGCCAGUACAAGAGUGCUCAGACCUUGUACGACGCUGUAGCUGCACGCUACUCUUCCCCUGCCACUGCUGCACUGAGCCGCCUCAUGCUACCGUACCUCUUCCCUGACCUUACUGCCUUUCCCACAGUCGCUGACCUCAUUACGCACCUCCGCACUAGUGACACUCGCUACCGCGUUGCGCUUCCUGCUAAUUUCUGCGCCAAGAACCCCCCCCCCAUGUACAUCACCCUCUACUACAUAGUCACCCGGCUCCCUGACUCUCUCCGCGUAGUCAGGGACCACUUCCUCUCAGUUUGCCCCACCACUCUCAUCGUUGACCUCCUCGAGAAGGCCCUCCUAGCGAUAGAGAAGAGCAUAGUCGCUGUAGGAGCCUCUCGUGGUGACCCUCGCACCCCCGUCUUUGAGGGGUGUUCUCCCUCCCCCCUCUUGCCCUCAGUUGCCUCUGCUGCUGCGGCUGACCUCGUUGGUUUCGAGUCGGUCGGCGCUGUGUCUGCAACGAGCGGGAAAUGCCGCACCGGCAAGGGUAAGGGGGGCAAGGGCACUGGAGGGGCUGGAGGGGGCAGUGGAGGUGGUGGUGGAGGCAGUGGAGGGAGUGGGGGUUGUGGUGGGAGUGGUGCCGGGGGUGGCGGCGGCGGCGGCAGUAGUGGAGGCGGCGGAGGCGGUGGAGGUGGCGGAGGGAGCGGAGGCGGCGGAGGUGGCGGAGGAGGCGGAGGUGGAGGAGGCGGCGGAGGCGACGGCGGCGGCGGCGGUGGUGGAGCGGGUCGCGACUCUGCGCAGAUGAGUGGCUCAGGUGGUGGCCCGCGCCAGCAGCAGCGGAGUGGUUGCGGAGGCCCGCACUCCAUCCAGCGGUGCUUUGGUCGCCUGACGGACAUGUGGCGUCGCCAGUUCCUAGAGGCGUUAGAGAUCCCUCGUUGGGGAGAUCUGGCUAAGGCCGGGGUUGCUAUCUUUGAUCUUGACUUUGAUGCUAUUCUUGCUGCCAUGUAUGCUGUUGCUGAUAGUGUUGAGGGUGCUUGUUACCUGUGUGUAGCGCCUAACCCGGGCAUUGAGGCUGCUGCGCUAGGUGCUGGUGAGACUGCUGCUCUAGGUGCUAGUGCGUGUGCCGCCCCAGGUGCUGGUGAGUCUGCUCUUUCAGGUACUACGUCGGCUCAGGCCUUACACACCUUCACCCUUGACUUGGAUGCGUCCCGCUCCUUCUUUCGAGACCGCACCACUCUUACGCCGCUUAGUCGGCCGGUUGCAGUCUCCCUGGCGGACCUCUCUGGGGGUCCUGUCCUUGCUAGCUUCUCCACUGUCUUACCGUGCCCGGCAGCCCCCUCUGGCAUCAUGUCAUGUGUCUACCUCCCCUCGUUCUCUACAAACUUGGUGAGUGGAGCGGACCUACAGGAUAGGGGGGUUGACUAG